UUGUUGAGUUAUGCAAGAAGUUGGCGAUAUGCAAAGGGUUGGAGGAGCAACAGGAGCUGGAAAUGUGCAAAGUAACGAUAUGGAGCAAGACACUGUAACAGCAACAACACCCAUUGAGCCAACCGCACCACUUCCUCCUAUUGGUCGGAAGAAAAGAAGAGCAAAUGCAAAUGCUAUUAGAAAGAGGUCUGAGGUAUGGGACCACUUUAACCUUAUUCCUAAUAGUAAUCCCGCUACUGCGGCAUGUAAGUAUUGUCAUCAAAAGUACAUGUGUGACUCUAAGAAACAUGGAACGUCAAACUUAAAGAGUCACAUGAAAGCAUGCCCUAAGUAUCCGUUGAACCUCUCAACCGACCCUACCCAAACUGUGUUGACAUAUUCAACAACUCAGGGAGGUGUUUUGGUUCCAACAUCUUCUAGGUUUGAUCCUUUAGGUUGUAGAAAGGGGUUGGCUUACUUUAUCAUUUUAGAUGAGAAGCCAUUUAUUACAGUUGAAGGAGAGGGAUUCAAGUACUUUUGUAACCAAAUGUAACCCCAAUUUACUAUACCAUCAAGGAGAACCAUAGCUAGGGAUUGUUUUCAGAUAUAUCUUGAUGAGAAAGUGAGGUUGAGAGCGUUAUUCAAUUCUGAUUGUAGUAGGGUGGCAAUUACAACAGAUUGUUGGACAUCCGUUCAAAAUCUUAACUACUUAACCCUCACUGCCCAUUUUAUAGAUAGGGAUUGGAAAUACCAAAAAAGGAUAAUUAGCUUUACAGUUAUCCCAAAUCACCGAGGUAAAACAGUUGGUAAGAAGGUUGAGGAUGUGUUGAAGGAGUGGGGGCUGAGAAACGUUUCAACUAUCACGGUAGAUAACGCAGCAUCAAAUGAUGUUGCUGUUAAGUAUUUGGAGCAGAAAAUCAGAAACAUGAAUGGGCUUUUGUUGGAUGGAUUUGGAUUUCACAUGAGGUGUUGUGCUCAUAUAUUGAAUUUGGUCGUGAGAGAUGGAUUAAAAGUAGCUAGUACCUCAAUUUCAAAUGUUAGAAAUGCAACUAGGUUUGUAAGAUCUU